AUGCAACAGCUUCGCAAUUUGGCUUCUAACCCCCGUGGCCUUGACGCGCCAAUUCUUGCACCCACCACGUCGACUGGCGUGAAAGCGCUGCCGGAACGUCGAAGCGCACUCAAGCCGCAGAAGCCCGAGUCGUUCGACCCAAGUCAACGCAACGCGAAUGUGCAAGUAUGGCUCUUCAUGCUCAACAAUUACGUUGCUGCGAGCGGGGUGCAAGAGGCGGACGCGCAGCAGCGGAUCGAGUACGCCGUAACGCUGCUGAGGGGCCCGGCCUUGGAGUGGUGGCGCCAACUUACGCAGACUGCUGUACGGAGGGCUCAGUUAGACGGGCAUCAACACGGCGUGGGACAUGCAGCUGCAACUUCGAGCUUAGGGAGUCUAGCUUUGGGUGUUACCACGGUUCCGACGACAUGUGUUGCGCUGAAAAGUAGGUUCGAUUUGGUGAACGCCUCCGAAGCUGCUAGGAAGCGUCUGCGUCAUUUCCGACAGAUAGGAAACGUCCAGGAGUACACACGACGGUUCUUGAGCAUCUGCAACGAGAUAGACGACAUCACGGAAGCAGAGAUGCGCGAUCGCUACCUCGAAGGGUUGAAGCCGGACAUAGCGGAGAUUAUUGCGAUUCACGGGUUGUCCACCUUCGAGUCGGUAGUCGCAGCAGCAGAACGCGUCGACGCAGUACGAAGCCGACGGGGUCGUGACGAUCGCGAUAGGGGAUACAACAGACCGAUCAACGACGCUCGAUCGAGGGACGGACCAUCGCCCAUGGAGAUUGGUGCACUGGUGAAGCGAGCAGCACGGAUCUUCGCGGUUUUCCUUGAGGAGGUGGAAGCUGAGGAGGGGAAAGGAGGGAGCGCAGCAGUUAGUGAGAAGACGACUCUUCCUGCUGAGGUGAGUGCACUGUUAGCAGAGUUCGCAGACGUCUUCCCCGACGAGUUGCCCCCAGGGUUACCUCCCAGCCGAGCAGUAGAUCAUCAAAUAGAGUUGGAACCGGUGAGCAGGCCAGUAGCGAAGCCGCAGUGGAGGUUGAGUCCAGCAGAGACAGAGGAGAUGACGCAGCAGGUUAGGCACUUUCUCGCACAGGGGUUCAUACAGCCAUCUAGGUCGCCUUGGGCCGCACCGAUCCUUUUCGCGCCUAAGAAAGACGGAGGGUUACGGAUGUGCAUAGAUUAUUGCGCACUGAACGUUGCCACCGUCAAGAACAGAUUCCCGGUGCCGAGAGUAGAGGAUCUUCUAGAUGCAGUGCAGGGCGCUAGAGUCUUUUCUAAGAUCGACCUUCGUUCGGGUUACCACCAGAUUCGCGUAGUUCCAGAGGACCAGCACAAGACGACGUUUUGUACGAAGCAGGGGUUGUACGAGUUUAGGGUUCUACCGUUCGGACUGACCAACGCCCCAGCGACGUUCCAGACGCUUAUGAACACCGUCCUCUCCGAGUUCCUAGGUUCGUUCGUUGUCGUUUACCUAGACGACAUACUCAUCUUUUCCAAGUCAAAAGAGGAGCACGUGCAGCACUUGCAGAGGGUCUUUGAGGUCUUGCGGAGGGAGAAGCUGUACGCGAAGCAGUCGAAGUGCGAGUUCUUUCUCCCCGAGGUCGAGUUUCUAGGUCACGUCGUUUCCGCUAGUGGCGUUAGGACCGACCCGAAGAAGAUCGCAGCCGUACAGGAUUGGAUAACACUGACCUCAGUCAAGGAGUUGCAGAGCUUCCUCGGUUUCGCGAAUUAUUACCGUCGUUUCGUUCAGGGUUACGCUUCCAUCGCUAGUCCACUCACCGACCUACUUCGGAAGGGCGUAGAGUACGUUUGGGGUCCAGCGCAGCAGCAAGCGUUCAAGCAGAUGAAGCAGUCGCUCACAUAUUCACCGACACUGUCGUACCCCGAUCCCACUCGCCCGUACGUUGUAGUGACCGACGCUUCCGAUCAGGCCAUAGGAGCAGUGCUUCUUCAGGACCAGGGACGCGGGUUGCAGCCGAUCGCGUACGAGUCGCGUAAGCUUAGGGUAUCCAAUACACGACAAGGAGGCGCUAGCGAUCAUCCAUGCGUAUAA